UCGUAUUGUUUUAAAGUUUAUGAAAUAGAAGCAUGACUAGAGCUACUUGCUAGCUAGUUUUAGAACUUUAAAUGAUAUAACGCUAAUUUGAAUCUAAUUAGCUAGAGUUUCCCAGAACUACCAAAGUAGCUACAGUAGCAUAGCUGUAGCCUAUCCAAAAUAUACAAUUGGUAUUUAAUUUAACAUUGUUGUUUGGCAAAGAAGCGACGUCAAAGUGCAUAUGGACAAAUGGGCAAGUCAGGUAAAGUCUAGAUUUCCAUUUCCAAUGUGACGGGACCAGAGUGGCACGAUGAGAGCAGUAGGCAGGCUAUCUGAAGGAGCCGGUGGCCAUCGGUCGGUUUCACAAUGCCAGGACCAACCCCUUUCCAUGAACCAGAUGGUAGCGUGCAACCAGGAGGUCCAUCAGAAGUACUGCAAUAUCCUGUGUCCACUGUCCCUUUUGUUUCAUUCCAGCCUGGAUGCAGAGGAGAAUCCAGACAUGUUUCAGGAAGAAAGGUCUGAAUCGUCCGUGUCCGAGGCCAUCCCCACCUCCCUGGCAGGCUUGAGUGAGCAGCUCCUGCACAGGAUCAAGGAGCAGUCUGCACUCCUUUCAACCACUGUGGAGGAUCAGCAAGCCCUGGUGGUAGUGAUGACCUCUGAGCUGAGUCGGAUCUGGUGUGAGGUGAAUGGGUUCAUGACUGACUUCACGCUGACCCAGGAAGAGAACAAGCAGCUCUACAGCCAAACGAUAGGAGAAGUACUGCGCAUCUGUGAGAAACUCUACCUCAACUAUCUCCACCUGCUGCACACGCUUAGGAGGCGAGCUGUCUUCACCGACCAGGCUAAUCGCAGUCGCCUGGAGGCCCAAAUGGCCAUGGACUGUACCAACAUGUGA